CUCGGAUCAGUUACAUCACUACUGUUCAAAUGAGAAUGAAAAGGGAGAAUCAUCCUUUGAUUGAUCUGCUCUUGCAUCAUGGACACACAACACUAAAUCAAAGAGGACACUGCUUUGUGUGAAGGGUGAAGGGGGAACCACUGCAAUGGGACAAGGGCACAUGUUUCCAUCCAUACACUUCCACCUGGGGGAGCUGUUUACACAUUACACCCGCUGCUUUGAUAACAAGGGCCCGUCUCUCUGUACAGAUCUCUGGGUUUGAUGGCGUUAUUAAUAUAUGCCACAGUUCAAGGUGACAGAGAGCAAUAGUUCUGGGGUUUGGCGUGGGCUCAGAAAGUGGAGCAGUUAAAUGCAGCACUGUCACUGCCUCUCCGGCUGCUCUAUAUACAGAAAAUGACCCAGUUUUUUUGCUGCCUGACACCAGCCUGUGUUUUCUAGAGGGGGGUGUGGGAUUUCUAGGUGAGGAGAUGUGAACAAUCAUUUACUUUUCUCUCACAGCUGACUGAUUCAUUGAAGAGAUUCCCGUUGAACAAGAGACAGAGGCUCUCGAAAGUUGGGAUCGGACCUCUCGGAAAGAGUCACCAGCAGCAGUACAACAGAGCUACUUGUGAUCUUGUGCAAUUACUUCAUACAUUUUUACGCUGAUUGGAAAUGUCUGGGAGUCUGUGGGUGCUCUGCAUGUGUCUGUGCUUCUCCUGGGCCGAGGCUCGUAUUUGGGCCUGGAUGCUCAGCAUGCCUCACAGCCCUCCCAAAGAAGGAGCAAUGGCGCUCAGAGAAGGUGUUCCUGUUGCCAAAGCAGUCACGGCUGUGUGCGAACAUGACAGGGCCUGUGGGCGGGGUUUCUCCUGCGAUCGCCACUUUGGUCUGUGUGUUCCUCUACGAGGGGAGGGCCACUACUGUCGGAGGGACGCGCAGUGUGUCCGUGGACUCAGCUGCAUGUUCGGGAAGUGCCACCGCAGCAUCCCCAACGGACAAGAGGGUGCCAGGUGUAAAGUUGACAGGGACUGUGGGGCAUCCAUGUGCUGUGCCCGGCACCACGGUGAGCAAGUGUGCAAGAGACGCCUGAUCCGUGGUGAGAACUGCUACGUGCCCGAUGGCGGUCUGGCCUUCAGUAUAAACCAGAUUUGUCCAUGUGAUGAGGGGCUACUGUGUCGGGAAGACAAAGCACCACACCAGAGAGAGGGGGAUUUUAUUUACCAGCCAGAACGAACAAGUUGGACCUGCCAACCUUCACACUGAAGCUGUUCCUUAUGUAAAUAUGAUGUAUAUAACUGUAUAUAAAGAAGUGUAUGAGUUUCCAUAUGUGUUCUAUUACUGCAUGUUCUUUUGUUAUGUCACUGUGUACAUUUUGACAAAAGCACUAUUGUAUGUGGCUCAGCAGUGUCAUGGGGUCAUCCUCAUGUUUAAUCAUAUCUGUAAUUGUCUGUUCCCCUUCAGUCUUCAAUAACAAAAACUAAAAAGAAAUCUUUC